UCGCCGGGAGCGGUAGUUUGCGUGGGUUCGGAGGGGCAGCUCGCGCAAGCGCAAAGGGACCAAAGGGGGAACUACAAGUCCCAGGAGCCCGCGGGCAGGGGCGGAGCCUGGCCGGCGGCGGCGGCUGUGGCGGCUCAUUCGUAAAUGCAGUCCCCGCGGCGGCGGCUUGGGCCACGGCGUGAGUGGGCUGAGCAACUCCGGCCGUAGAGUGGUACUUCUGGAGGGGAAGGCCGCGAGGAGCUGGUUUGUUCGCCACCCUGCGUCCCAGAGGCCCGGCGGUGCGCGGGGGCUCGGCAGGCGGCGGGUAGCGGCCCCGGGGCCGCUCCCUGCCGCCGGCGUCCGGCCUGCGAGCGCCCUUCCUCGCCGGCCUCUCGCGGGCUGCGGCCGCCUGUGGUCUCGGCUGGGCUCAGCUGCGCGAGGAGCGCCUCAGAGCGUCGCCUUCCUCCCGGUAGGGGCCGGUCUCCCUGCGGGCAGGUGCCGUCCUUCCGGCUCUGGGUUCGAAAGCUGCUGUGGGCUGGAGGCUGUCGAGGACGUGUCCUGUGAGCAGCUGGUAAUCACUUCGCUGACCAACCAGUUAACGUCCAAGGUGUUGGAAAUGAACAGCUCUUCUAGAUUUUCCAUUCUUUAAAGGCAGUCGUGUCAUUGGACGAAAAUGUUCCUGAUGCCAACCUCUUCAGAGUUCAGGCGGGGGCAGAGCUUCUUAACCCAGUGGAUGACCAGUCCUUCUCGGGCUGGGGUCAUAGUAAAUCGUGGAUUUCCUCUUCUGAAAGCAGACGAAGAGAAGCAAACAAAUGUGAACAUUUCUCCUGGCUUUCCUAUUAAAGCCACACAUUUUUCAGAUAGCUUCAGCUGCACGAGCGAAGAAGAUGCACUUCAGGAGGAACAGAAGCUGGAGCCUGACAGCCUGUCCAGGUUCCAGUCGGAUAAACCUGAAGCACAUAGAGUCACUCCUUUAACUCCAGAGGGGCCUCAAGUGGUGGCGUGUCAGGAUGCGCCUGGACCCUGGGAAGACCGCAGAAGUGACCAUGUCUCAGGCCUUGCCCGUGAAUUCAAAGAAGUGGCUUAUAAAGACCCACUUUUUAAAAAGCUGGAACAGCUGAAGGAAGUGCAGCAGAAGAAGCAGGAACAGCUGAAGAGGCAGCAGUUAGAGCAACUACAGAGACUCAUGGAGGAACAAGAGAGGCUGCUGACCAUGAUGUCUGGGCAACGCGCACUCCCAGGUUUAACUCCACUGCCCCAUGACCAGAGCGAGAAGUACAGAUCUCCAGGAAAUUCAGCCCCUGAAGAGAAAGCCAUGCCCUUCUUACCAUCAUAUAUCUACCAGAAUCCAGUGGAAGAAAAGAAGCACCUUUCCACCAUUUUAUCUGGAGAACAAAACACCUUGUGUAGAGCUAGCCAUCAGGAUUUUGUUUCAGCUUCCAACAGUGGUGCUUCUCCAGAUUUGUUCUGUGAAGCACAGUGUCAAGAAGCAGCCGGGAAGAAGAGUGAUUUGGAGGAGGAAAACCGUGACCACCCUGUGGGAGAAGAUGUUUUGCCAUGUCUGGAGAAAGUGACAGAACAGAUUCAGGAAGGGACCAGGAAGAACAUAAAAAACGGUGAUUCCUCAGAAGUGGUUAAUAUGGAAGAAAGGCCUAUUAAAGCUGCUAUUAGAGAAAGGAAACAGACCUUUGAAGACUACUUAGAAGAACAAAUUCGUUUGGAAGAACAAGAACGGAAACAAAAACAGCUAAGGGAAGCAGAAGGAUCCUUACCAAUCAAAGCAAAACCAAAACAGCCAUUCUUGAAACGAGGAGAAGGUUUAGCUAGAUUUACUAAGGCUAAAUCUAAGUUUCUGAAAGGGAGAGAAAGUAAACUAGUGACAACUCAGAGCAUUUCAGAGGACCAACCUGUGCUUAAAUUAGAUAGACAGCAGUUCCAGCGGAAAACUGCUCUUAUGAAUAAAGAAAUGUGUACAGAGAACUGUCUUGUUCAAAAGAACGGUAAAGUGAGAACCAAGAGUGGUUCUGUCACACUCAGUCAGAAGGCAAAAGUGCUUAAGAGUGGCAACAGGAAAAGUCUCUCUCCGUCAGGACUGAAGAUGCCAGCGGGGAAGCAAUGUGACGGGCAAUUUAGAGGCCAGGUCAGUUUAGGAAAAAAGGUGGAGUCUAAUAAUAAAGACAGUAUAUCCGAGUGUACACGACCUUGUGACACAGGUUGCAAGAUCUGGAGUAAGACAGAAGGUGAGGACAAGCGUCCCCUUUUGACAGGACCGGCCAGCCGUGCGACCUCUCGGAGCCCAGUAAGUGAGACCCCGAAGGAGUCAGAAGCUUCUUUCGACAUUUCCCUUCAGAAAAAGUUAGAGAGCUGGGAACGAGAAAAGGAAAAGGAAAAUCUGGAGUUAGAUGAGUUUUUGUUUCUAGAACAAGCUGCUGAAGAAGUAUCCUUUUCUAGCAAUUCCUCAUUUGUACUGAGGAUCCUGGAGAGGGACCAGCAGACACGCCAGGGCCACCGGCUGUGCUCCACGCCCGUCAAAGCUGCGCAGCAAGAGGAGACACCUCCGCUGGCUCCUGUCAGUCACUGUCCCCAGAAUGGGGAUCCCGACCGUCCCGAGGGUGAGAGGGAGGGUGGCUGUGAGCUGGCGCCCCGGCUGCUCGACUCGGCAGCGGCCCCCGAUGGCUCGCGGGGACAGCCCGCCGAAGGCCGCGAGGACGUGCUCCACACGAGCGCUUCCGAAAGUCAGACCAGCAACGACGACGACGACGACGACGACGGCGAAGCCGGUACAAACAGCGAUGGUAGCACGGGCUCUGAGGGUCACCUUGAUGUCACCGUGAAACCGUCACCGGGGGACCCAGAAAGGGGUUCCUGCAGCCGAGAAGAGGGUCCCCGAGUCUGUGAUGGGAGGGGCCCUCUGAGGGUCACCUGCUCGCAGGAGGACGAGCAGGAGAGAGACGUCGGUUUAGAUUUGUCCGAUGAAGAAGAUGGUGGUGACGCGUCUCUCUUCAGAGGCCGCCGGGAAAGUCUCCUUCCUGAAGCCUCAAGAAGAUGCUCGUCUAGAAGUGUGAGUAAAAUUGACUUUGAUGAUGAAAGGACUUGGACUGACCUGGACGACAGUUCAUCUCAGCACGAAGUUCCCGGGAAUGAAGCCGUCGGUGGGACUCCCCGGGCGGCCUCCCCUAAGAAGAGGGAGCCGUGCGCGCUGGACAAGGCCGUGAAGAGGAAGGUGGCGCCGGGCAAGAAGGGGGAAGAGCCGAGCAAGUGCAUCGGGGGCGCAAGUCCCCCUCCGACCUCCGAGCUCGUGAGGAAACUCUUCCCUUCCUUGAAACCCAAGUCCCAGUCGGACUCGCGCCCGGGAAAGGAGCCCACGGUAAACACGAGUCAAGACCAACCUCCUGGUGACAGUGCUCGAUCUCAAGUUUUGAGAGAGAAAGUUAUUGAAUUGGAAACAGAAAUAGAAAAAUUUAAAGCUGAGAACUCAUCUUUAGCUAAACUUCGCAUUGAACGAGAAAGUGCCCUGGAAAAACUCAGGAAAGAAAUCGCUGACUUUGAACAACAGAAAGCAAAAGAAUUGGCUCGAAUAGAGGAGUUGAAAAAGGAGGAAAUGAGGAAGUUACAAAAGGAACGCAAAGUUUUUGAGAAGUAUUCUACAGUUGCAAGAACUUUUCCGGAUAAAAAGGAACGUGAAGAGAUACAAGCUUUGAAGCAGCAGAUAGCAGAUUUACAGGAAGAUUUGAAAAGAAAGGAAGCAAAAUGGUGCCAAACACAAGGCCGCCUCCGAAGCCAGAUAGAAAUGCUGGUCAGAGAGAACACAGACCUCCGGGAGGAGGUGAAAGUGAUGGAGAGAUUCCGCCUGGAUGCCUGGAAGAGGGCCGAAGCCGCUGAGAGCAGCACCAGGCUGGGUCACUCCGUGAGCGCCCCGAAAAAGGAUGAGUCCAUGAAUUCAUCAGUUCGACCUCAGAAGAGUCAGAUUUCUUCGGGAACCCAGGUAGAAAAACAGAGAAAGAAUUAUCUGCCAACACCAGGCGAUCCGUCUCGAAGAUCCAAGUCUGUGCCUGGUGAUGUGGGCAGUCGGGAGAAGGGACAGACGGCCUCACCCUGGGAGCCCCCUGAGCCAGUGAGCUUUCCAGAUCCUGAAAGCACGGAAGCGGAUGAAAAAGAGAAAAAAGAAGAAAUUCAGGGAGAGAUCAGCCAUCCUGAUGGAAAGACGGAGGUGCUUUACAAAGACGGGCGCCGUCUCAUCUCGUUUCCCAACGGGACUCGAAAGGACGUGAGCGCCGACGGGAAGACGGUCACGGUCACCUUCUUCAACGGUGACGUCAAGCAGGUCACGCCCGACGGGAGAGUGGUUUACUACUACGCGGCCGCGCAGACCACGCACACCACCUACCCGCAAGGGCUGGAGGUCCUGCACUUCUCCUCGGGCCAGACAGAAAGACAUUUCCCGGAUGGAAGGAAAGAGAUCACGUUUCCCGACCAGACUGUGAAGACCUUAUUCGCUGACGGGCAAGAAGAAAGCAUUUUCCCAGACGGCACCAUUGUCAGAGCGCAGCGAGAUGGAAACAAAAUCAUAGAGUUUAGUAAUGGCCAGAGAGAACUACAUACCAGCCAGUUCAAGAGACGGGAAUAUCCAGACGGCACUGUGAAAACUGUGUAUGCAAACGGCCAUCAGGAAACAAAAUACACAUCGGGUCGCGUACGAGUUAAAGACAAGGACGGCAACGUUCUAAUAGACACGAGAUUGUCAUGAUCCCCGUGUGACACAUCAUGAAAACAACACUAACUUGAUUUUCUGGUUAAACGUGCGUUUCUUACGGAUUCUGUGCUUUAACUGACAUACUCUGUGUGCGUGUGUUCAACUGGAAAAGAGUGUUUGGGUUAUCAAAUAAAACUUGAUGCUUCUUUUUA